AUGGAUGAAAAAAAAAUAGAAUAUUUGGAUCCAGAAUAAAAAAAAUAAUAAUAAAAAACUGACAAAUAAUAAUAAAAAAAAUAAAAAAUAAAAGAAAACUAAAAAAGAAAAUAAAAUAUAGAAGAUAUAGGACCUACUGUGGCUAAUGCCUAAAACAAUUUUAAAGAUAUAAUAUUAGAAAAUAUUCCUUCUAGUGAAUACUAUGAAAGAAGUUUAAUGCAUCGUGAUACAAUUAAUUAAAUUUUUGCUGCCCCAAAAAACGAUAUAAUUAUAACUAUAUCUAUAGAUGGCCAGAUUAAAUUUUGGAAAAAAAUAUUUUAAUUAAUUGAGCCUAUUAAGCAUUUCAGAUGUCAUAAAGGAGUAGUUACUGGAGCUGCGAUUUCUUUGAAUUAAGAUAAAUUAGUAACUGUAUGUGCAACGGAUAAAACAUUAAAAAAAUUUGAUCUUCUAAAUGCUGAUUUAAAUUCUUUAUUAAAAUUUGAUUUCACCCCUUCUAUGUGUUCUUAUAUAUAAGCUUCCGAUGGAGCAUAAUCUGAAUAUUUACUUGUAUCAGACAAUGAUAAUGGUAAUAUAUAUAUAGUUGAUGAAGAAUAAUAAAGUAAAGAAAAACAGAUAAUAAAGACAAUAUAAAUACAUAAUAACCCCGUCAAGUUUAUUUUAUAUAAUAAAUAAUAUAAAUCUUGUGUCAGCAUUGAUAAAAAAGGUUUCAUUGAAUUAUGGGAUCCUGAUAAUUAUGAUUUCCCAAAAAAUAAAGAAUUAAAAUUUACUUGUAAAAUGGACACUGACUAUUUCGAAUUGUUAAAAAAGAAAGUUUUUGCAUUUGGUGCAUGCUUAUCCAAUAAUGGAAAGUAUAUGGCUUUAGUUUGUAGUGAUAAAUUUAUUAGAAUCUUUGAUUUUUUAAGUGGAAAAUUAAUUAGAAUUAUAGAUGAAAGUGAUAAAAAAAAUUCAGAAAUAUAAGAUAAUAUAGAACAUGAAUAACAUAAAAUGUAUAAAUUAGAUAAAUUCGAAUAUAGUAGAAGAAUGGCAAUAGAAAGAGAUUUGGAUAAAUUUUUAGAAAGUAAAACAAUGGAAAAUUAUGGAGUUUCUAUAUAAUUUGAUGAAAACGAUUAAAUUUUAGUAUAUCCAUCAAUAUUAGGGAUAAAAUAUUACUCAAUUGUAUAAAAUUAGAUAUUAUUUGUAUAAGGAAAAAAUGAAUCAAGCGAAAGAUUUUUAAAAUUUGUACUUUAUUAAGGAAGAUUAAUGAAAAAUUCAAAUAAUACAGGAGGUUCACAAAAAAUGUAAUCUGAUCCAUUAUUAAUAGCUUCUUCAUUUAAAAAAAAUCGUUUUUAUUUAUUUUCAACACGAGAACCUGAGGAUCAAAGUGAUAAACAAAUAUAAAGAGAUAUAUUUAACGAAAAACCUUCAAAAGAAGAAUAAUAAAUAGUUGUUUAAUUAUAGUCUCAAUAAUAAAAACAAUUAUAAACAUGUAUAUUUGCAAAGAUAGAAACUACAAUGGGUGAUAUUGAAAUUGAAUUAUAUAAAAAAUUUGUUCCUAAAACUGUCGAUAAUUUCUUAGGACUUUCUAAACAAGGAUACUAUAAUAAUUUAAUUUUUCAUAGAGUUAUCCCUAAUUUUAUGAUAUAAACUGGAUGUCCUAAAGGAGAUGGAACAGGUGGAGAGUCUAUAUGGGGAGGAGAAUUUGAAGAUGAAUUUCAUCCUAAAUUAAAACAUGAUAAAAUUGGAACAGUUUCAAUGGCUAAUGCUGGACCAAACACUAAUGGCUCUUAGUUUUUUAUAACAACUGCUGUGUGUGAAUGGCUUGAUAAUAAACAUACUGUUUUUGGAAGAGUUAUUAAAGGAAUGGAUGUUAUUUAGAAUAUUUGUAAUUCUAAAAAAGAUAAAUAAGAUAAACCUUUAAGGGAUAUUAAAAUUAGAUAUAUUACUAUUUCUUGAUAUUAUUUAUUUUUUAAUAUUUUUUUAUAUUUCAUUAUUAUAAAUGUUAAUAUUUAUAUAAAUA